UUUGUUUAUCAAAAUGGUGACAUUUCCAAGGUGUCGACGAACUUCUUCAUCAUUUUAUAAAGUAUGCAUAGUAAAGGAUGAUCUUUAUCAAAAACGUGACGUACAUUUUGUACGUAUAAUUUUAUUUCUUUUAGCAUGAUAAAAGUUUCUAUAACCAGCCUCUCUUAUCCAAUAGUCCAUAAUAUAAUACGGCUGAAGUUCCAUAUUUCUAACCUCAUCGUUAAAACAAUAAUUUUAUUAUUGGCGAAUAAUUAUAUGUAAGAUCAAAAGAGAUAUAUAUAUAUAAAGGACAAUUAUUUAUUAUGGAAAGAGAAUAUUUUUAAGAUUAAUAAAAAGAAAAGAAGUAUUAAAAUUAUUACGAAACUUGUACAAAAUUUGAAAAGCAUAAUACAGAAGAACAUUUAUGAAAGAAAUAAUUAUUUCCAGAGAAUAAAUGCUUAAAGAUUUUUGAUUAAUUUUGCAACGUAUAUUUAUUAUUAUUCAAAAUGAUGGCCCAUUUAUCUCAUGUUAUGACACUUGCCAAUAGCAUCAUUGGUGUGAGUGUUCUUGCAAUGCCAUUCUGUUUCAAACAAUGUGGUAUUAUUUUGGCUGCCUUAGUUCUUUUACUAUCGAAUCUUCUAUCUCGUCUUGCUUGUCAUUUUCUUAUAAAAUCAGCAGUAAUGUCAAGACGACGUAAUUUCGAACUCCUUGCUUUCCACGCAUUUGGCCAUAUGGGAAAGUUUUUAGUAGAACUUUUUAUAAUCGGAUUCCUUGUGGGUACAUGCAUUGCAUUUUUCGUCGUUGUUGGUGAUUUGGGACCACAAAUUGUUGGGAAAAUAAUAGAUAAGAGACCUGAAGAUAUCAGAACUAGUCUACUUAUAAUAACAAGUAUUUUUAUAAUAUUACCAUUGGGUCUACUUCGAAAUAUUGACAGUCUAUCAAGUAUUUGUACUGCUACCAUUGUUUUCUAUGUUUGCCUUAUUUUAAAGGUAAUAGCAGAAUCAACACAACACAUUUUUGCAAGAGAUUGGACGAGUAGUGUGUAUUAUUGGAGACCUGGUGGUAUCCUUCAAUGUUUGCCAAUUUUUUCUAUGGCUCUUUUUUGCCAAACACAGUUAUUUGAAAUAUAUGAAACAAUUCCAAAUGUAUCACUUGAAAAGAUGAAUGAGGUCGUACGUGGUGCAUUAAAUAUUUGUACUCUUGUAUAUUUAUGUGUUGGUUUCUUUGGUUACAUUGCAUUCUGUACACAAUCCUUCACAGGAAAUAUACUGAUGAGCUUUGAACCAAGUUUAUCAUCGGAAAUGAUAAAGAUGGGAUUUUUUUUCUCUGUAGCCUUUAGUUUUCCACUAGUCAUUUUUCCUUGCCGUGCAAGUCUGAAUUCUCUCUUAUUUCGUCGGGUAUAUACUCAUGAACCAUCUAUGAAUUAUAUGCCGGAAGCAAGAUUUAGAUGUCUUACAAUUGCAAUAGUAUUUUUUUCCUCAAUUACUGGUAUAUUGAUGCCAAAUAUUGAGUUUGUACUUGGUUUAGUUGGAUCUACAAUUGGCGUAAUGAUAUGCCUAAUGUUUCCUGCAGCAUUUUUCAUAUCCAUAAGCAGUAAACACACAAAUGAAAGAUUGUUAGCACAGGUCAUUAUAUUUGUUGGUAUUUGGAUAAUGAUCCUUGGUACAUAUGCCAAUUUGUAUGCAAUGGAAGAAUCUUCUAAUACCAGAAUUUUAAUAACUACUGCUAAACCUCUUAGUCAAAUAGAUAAUUUACCAUUAAAUUUAAAUAAGGAAAAUAUUCAUAUGAUACCUGAUGUUUCUAAUAAUCCUGAAAUUCUAUCAAAUGUUAAAGAAAAAAUAGAUGGAUUACCAGAAAUUAAAAUAAUGGAUGAAAAUAAACAUCUUGAUGAUAUUCGUCAAGAACCUCCAGUUCCAGUUGAACGUAUCAUUGUUACAGAAAAGCCAGUGAUAGAAAAACAAAAUUCUGUUGAAAAUAUAGCAGCUAGUUUUGCUCCAGAAAUUAAAAAAAUUGUUGAAAAGAUUAAAACAAUGAAAGACGACUUAAACAAAGAGCCUAAUUCUGUUAUAAAUAAUAAUAAAAUGAUAGAACAUGUGGACUCUGUAACGUUAAAGGCUAGUGAAAAUAUUAAAGUAAUCAAAUCUAAAGAAGAAACUAAUGAAAUGUCAAAAAAUGACAAUCUCAUAAAUUCAGAUGCAAUAAAAAAAGAAAAUUCAGAAAUAGCUUCAGAAGGAGAAAUUACUAAUAUGGUAACGGUAGAAAGACAUGAAAAGCUUAGAAAAACUUUAGAAAAGCAUGCAUUGGAAAGGCUGCAAAUGUUACAAGAACAAACAAAACUUUUGAAAGAUAUUAAAGAACAAAAGCGUGAAUUUGAAAGAGAAAAAGAGAGAAUAGGAAAAAAUAUAGAAGAGUCCAUACAAAAUGGUAGUAAGGACAACAAUAACAAUGAAGUAAAUAUUAUACAAAAAUCUAAUAUGAAAGAAGUUGAAAAUAUUAAUAAACAAAUAAGUAAAAGUCUUGUUAAAAAUGAAACUCAGAAUAAAUAUGUAACAGAAACAAAUAUCGAUAAAAGUGUUUUAAAAACGCCAAAUAUUCGAAACAUAAAUAUAGAAAUUGCACAUGAGAAAAAUGAUUCUGAACAAUUCGUUGAUACAAAGGAUAACAAUAAUAUUCAAAAUAUGCAGAAGAUGAAGUUAAAAGAAGACAAGCAUAUAGACCAAACACAUUCGAUAUCAAAUUAUCAAGAAAAGAUUAAUGUAACAUUUGAUAAUAUUUCAGAUAAAUCUAAAGGAACUAUUUUAAGUGCUUUAACUAAAGGAAUUUUAAUAAAAUCUACAUCAAAGGAUACUUUGCUUAAGAAAAAAGAUAUACGAACGUCACAGGGUAAAGAAGAAAGUAUCAUCAAUGAAAUUAAUAAGUCUGACGAAACAGUAAUCCGAAAUCAGAAUACCGUGCCUAUUAUAUUACAGCUUAAAAAUCAAACUAACGUUAACAAAUCUGAACAGUUAACAAACAGAAGUGACAAUGAUGUUCAAGUAAUGCGAAGAGAUAUUUUAGAAAAUCAUAAUAGAGAGAAACGAGAAGUCACUAACAUAAAUGUACUAAAAACUGAAGUUUCUCCUGAUGUUUCAACUGAAGAAAUAAAAUCUUUUAUGAAAGAUGUUUCUAUGGAUAUUGAUCGUAAAAAAUGUUCUAAAACGUUAGAAAAUUCACAAAUAGAAAUAGCAAAUAAGCCAGGAAAAGAAUUGAAACAAAAAUUACCAGAAAUGGCAUCUAUUCCAACUGCUUCAACAUUGAUUAAAACUAAUGUUUAUUUAUCAGAGAAAGAACAAGAAUUAACAAAUUCCAUUUUAGUAGACCCAAGUAUAACCAUAAAAGGUAAAUACAUUAAAUUAAAGCAAAGAGAUUUGAAAGCUUUGAAUACUGAUUAUAUUAGAAACUUAUGACCAUUAGAAUGCAUUCUUUAUAAUAAUCAAUGUCUAACAGAGUAAAUUUCUAAAUUAUCAAAAUAUAUUUUCUGGCUAUUUCUGAAUAUUCAGCUACAUUAUUGAAAACAUAACAAUAUUGUAAAAUAUUGAAUAAGCUGGAAAUUAGUAUGAACAUAGAUGUAAUUUAAAUAAUAUUGUCAAUGUGUGGUGUCAAAUUUAAAUAAGAUUAUUAUUAAUUAUAUAAGAUGAUAAGUAUAGUUUUGUAAUUCUAUUAUAAGUAACUUAAAAAAGAAAAAGUUGAAUUUUUUGUGUUAAU